AUGGACCUCGAGAAUGACGGCGCCGCGGGCACCGCCGCCGUGUGGGCGGCCGUCUCCCCGCCACACGUCGACGGAUUCAACUUUCACCAAGCGCCGCUUCCGUGCGCAGCGACAGGGCCCGCGGAAAACAACGAAUGGGGCGGCGGUUUCAUGGGGGAAUGGGCGGGCGGAAAGCGCAGCGAGGAGGAGUGGGGUUUGGAGAAGGGGGGUGACAGUUGGGCCGUCAUGGGGGAGGAGGGAAUGAUCGUGGAAGGCGCUGCGGAGGCUCCGCCCACUCCGCUGAUCCAAGCCAUUGCGCGCAAGAACAUCUCCGCUUCCGCCGAUGUCUCCCCAAACAAAACCGCCACCAUUGCCACAUGUGUAACGAACGGAUGGGAUCCGCUGCAUCUGAACCUGCAGCCUCGGGAGAAUGUUCAGGAGAAUCUUCAGGAGAAGCCACAGUGGCAAGUCGGCCAAGGCAACGACGGCUCCUGCCUCACUACUUCCCCCUCCGCCGCCACAUCCGCCGGCGGCGGCUGCGCCAGCCAACGAAGCCUCGGGGGAGUAACCCCAUCCGCAGCAACCAGCGCUUACGCCGCUGGCGCAUCUUUUGGGCCCGCUAACGUUGCGCCUGCUAUUCCCCAUCUGACUCUUCCGCCAUCAGCUUCCUUCACGGGCCCGCCUCCUAGCGCUGCUGCCGCGCACGGCACGGGCAAUCAAACCACGGAAUGUGGCGGCCGCGUGCCAGCAGCAUGGUUCACUCCCACUGCCACGUCAGCCACCAACGUGUCCCCCGCAUCGCUGAUGUCAGCAUUGGGGUCGCUCCAGGGCAAGAUCGCGGCGCUACAGCUGCUGAUUCCGCUGGUUGCGCAGAGCGGCCCCGAACCCGCCGUGCGUGAGCAACAGGAGGCGGCGGCAAUGGGCGUCGCGGCGGUGAUUCAGCAGGUGGCGCUCGCCGCCGUGGGGCUGCUUCCGCCGCGCCUGCAGGCGCAGCUUCUGCUUCCUGACAUCGCGGGGGUGGUGCGCGCGGAACAGGCGGAGCGGCAGGCUGAGCAGGAGCAAGCGGCGCCGCAGUGCGCGGAGCACCGAUCGGCGGAGAAACAGCUGGACGAGGCGCAGCGGGAGAGAGGCCAGCAGGAGGCGAUGAUGAUGGCUCUGGCGCAAGCGCUACAGCUGCAGGAGCAGCAGCAGCAGGAGCAGCAGCAGGAGCAGCAGCAGCAGGAACACGAGCCACAAGAGCAGAAGCACUACCCAGCCGCUCCCUCUCCCCCUCCUCCGCCUCCUUGCGAAGUGUCGCUUCCCACAUUCGCACCCGGCGCCUCUCCCCCUUCAGCCGCGCCUCCGCCUGCUCCGCUUGCGCCUGCUAACCCUCUUGCGGUUCCUGCUGCCGCCCCUCUCCUUCCCCAUUUCCCCCCUCCCCUCGCUUCCCCAGCACCCGCUUCCCCUGACUCUGCUGCAGCAUCCGGGGCCGGCGCCAGCACGGAGGGAGACGACUCUGAGGCGGUCAAGGAGGGAGAGCAGAACAGAGCGGGAGGAAGCAAGAGAGGGAGGGAUCUCGAUUGUGAAGUGGAGGCAGCAAUGGGGGAGGGGCCGCCGAAGCAAGCAAAGCUGGAGGAGAGCCAGGCAGUUGAUGCCUUCGGAAAAGAAGCAGCUCCGGCUGUUGUGUUUGCAACAGCGUCACGGUCAGCAUCUGGCACAGCAUCAGAGGCAGCGCCAGGAGCAGCAUCAGGUGGAGAGUCCAUGGAAGAGGGCUAUGCAGGCUCCAAGGCAGCAGCAGGGUCGGCAGACACCACUGCCACUGCCACUGCAAGCGACACCGCCACUGUCACAGCCACUGCGAGCGACAGCGACGAGGAGGCGGCAGCAGCAAGCAGUGGUGGCGGGACGGGGUGGGGAGCGGAAGGCGUGCGCAUGGGGGAGUGGAUGAUAGUGGAACUGCGGGUGGCAGAGCUGACCAACGACCAGAUGCACUUCUGUGACGCCUGCGGCAAGGGCUUUAAGCGCGAGGCCAACCUGCGCAUGCACAUCAAGGGACACAGCCGCAUGGCCCCCAUGCACCCAGCAGCAGCGUCUCCUCCCUUCUCCUCCUCCCUGUCCCCCUCCGUGGAUCCAGCGCAAUGCCGCUUCAGCUGCCCUGUGGCGGGGUGCAAGCGGCACCGGGAGCACGCGGCCUUCCAGCCGCUCAAGACGGUGCUGUGUGUGCGCAACCACUACCGCCGCUCGCACUGCCCCAAGCUGCUUGCGUGCUCGCGCUGUGGCGGCGCCAAGCGGUUUGCGGUGCUGGCAGAUCUACGCACGCAUGAGAAGCACUGCGGGCUCACCAGCUGGACCUGCUCCUGCGGGUCGCGUUUCAGCCACAAGGACAAGCUGAUGGCCCAUCUGGUCACCUUCAUCGGCCACUCCGCCGUCUCGCCAGGGAACAACCGCGUGUGA